UCUUUCGAGGCACGAGUCGCUGAUGAGCUCUCAGCACAGGCCACUCAGAGGGCUCACAUUCCUGCAGUAAGCCUAUCUCAUUGACCCCCCCACCCGACACCCUAAAAAAAGACAGGACCAUCAGAGGCAUGGGGGCCCUCCCCUUUCUCCCUGUCAGGGUCCUCUAGCAGCUGGGACCAGCAGAUGAACAAACAGUCAGCAGUCAACCACAGCAUCCCUGAUCUGAAGAAAUCUGAAGGAGGACAAGUCAAUGAAUGAAAGCAAGAAAGAGAGAGCAAUCUAAAGAAGAUUUAAUCAAUAUAUGAAGAGGUAAAAGUACAAGAAGAAGAGUGAUAGUUAAAGAUUUGAAGAGUCCUAAAACCAGCAGUGAACCAUGAGUACCUUUGGGUACCGCAGGGAGCUGAAGAAGUACGAGGAGGUGGACGAAGAUGAGCUGUUGGCCAUGCUGUCCUCCGAGGAGCUCCAGGAGCUGGAGAGGGAACUGGCAGACCUCGACCCCGACGACAACGUCCCCAUUGGCCUGAGGCAGAAAGACCAGACCGCCAAAACCCCAACGGGGACCUUUGACAGGGACGCUCUGCUGAAAUACUGGGAGGAUGAGAACAAGAAGCUGCUGGAGGAGGGGAAGGUGGAGUCCAACAGCGUACAGGAGGGGCGGCCAGAUAAAAGCAGGGGGGAGCGAGUGUCAGCGACCAGCAGUAACAGCAGCAAAUCUCUGGACAAUGACAGGAAGAAGAUUUCAAAUAAAGACAAGAAAGUGCCAAAUGUUAUUGUCAAAAAUGACGCAAAGGUGGAUAAGACUGAAAAGAAAGAUGAGUGUAAAAAGGAGGCUCCAAUCAGGAGUAAAUGUCCUCAGAAGAAUGCUCCGUCAAAAGGUUCGCGGAGCGAAUCAAAGAGGACUGAAACCACAGAUCAAAACUUGAACUCAACCUCUGACAGACUGAGUGGGAACCCGAUCAUCAUCGACAAAGCUCUGGAGCAGAUUCUGGGAGACGAUCCCACAAUGAACGAGGUCAACCUCAACAACAUCGAAGACAUCUCCCAGGAGACCUUGCUUCGUUUUGCUGAGGCACUGUGCACAAACACCCAUGUACAUGUUUUCAGUCUCGCCAACACCCAUGCUGAUGACCGGGUCGCCUUUGCCAUCUCCAAGAUGCUCCGUGAGAACUGCUCCAUCAGAAACCUGAACAUCGAGUCCAACUUUGUGUCCGGCCAAGGCAUCCUGGCCUUGCUGACGGCGCUGCAGCACAACAGGACACUGGUGGAGCUUCGCUUUCACAACCAGAGGCACAUCUGUGGGGGUAAAGUAGAGAUGGAGAUGGUCCAGUUGCUGAGGGAGAACACCACUCUGCUCAAGCUCGGCUACCAGUUCGACCUCCCUGGACCCAGGAUGACGGCGACCAGCAUCCUGACACGCAACCAAGACCAACAGCGACAGAGGAGACUUCAACAGAAGAAGGAACAGAGUCCUCCAGAGGUGUCAGGACAAGUUUCACCAGCAGAAAACAGACCAUUAAAAAAGCCAUCACAAUCCUCUAAGACUGUUGAAAAUCAGAACAGAAAUCCUCCUCCGCCUCCAUCUCUUGACCCGCCAACAAGGAAGAUCGCCGAAAUGGUCAAACAGCAUGAAGGCUCAAACACCACAAAGGGUCAAUCAAACCAGAGGAAACCGAAGUCAAAGAAGCUCAAGAAUGGUGCCAAUGAAAAAGAGAGCGCAGAUAUCCUUAAAGACCUGAAGAAUGCUUUGAAACCAUCACUUCAGAAGAGACGAGACGAAUCGUCCCGCCUGCCGCCGCCACAGAGGUCGAGCCGCGAUGACCUAAUGGCAGCAAUUCGUGGAAGCAGCAUCAGGUCUUUAAAAAGGGUGGAUCUGUCGCAGACCUAAACUCACCGACUGAUCUCAGCUCAACUCUUCUCACUUUGUAUUGAAAUAUUUGAAUUUUUACUUCACACCAAAUGUCACUUUUUAACAGUACUUUAUUUAACUUGUCACACAGUGGAGCAGCAGACUGCACUUCUCUCUGUUUCAGUUGCUACUGUAAUAUUUUGUUACCGUGUGAAACCUACUGUGAAUAUACUGACGUGUAGAGAAAUAAAAGCUCAUGUCCUGA